AUGGAGUCGCGUUUGUCCGGAACGAGCAGCAUGAAGAGCAUGAAGAUUUCGAUGGAGAGUGAAAGGAUGUUUGCCGAUAUCGAAGAUGAAAUGCAAGCUCAGUCUCCUUCGAGGGAAGUCCGUCGCUCAUCCUCGCGCAUAAUGUCCCCAAGCAAUUCCAACACGUCUGUCUCCAACGGUAACCGUUUGAGUGUCAAGGAUCAACUGUAUUCACUCGAGUGCAAGGUACAGUCCCAUGAAGACACGAUUCAGAAGCUCAUGUCGAUUCACCAGGCAGACAAGACAUUGCUCUUGACCAAGAUCGAGGAAAUCACGGAGCGCACCAGUGAGGAGCUCCACAAGCUUCGCAUUGACUACCAGAAGAAGCUUAACACCGCUAGCGAGGAGAUUGAGCGCCUCAACAAGUGUCUGAACGUCCAACGUGGCCAUAUCACCACGUUGCAGGAACAGUGCCAGUCCCUGCACAAACAUGUCGUGCAGGUCGACGACGACGUCACCAAGCUUGCCACUGAGGUGCUAGGAGAGUAA